AUGGGGUUCGGGGACUUCGACCAGAUAUGUUCCAAGGUCAGCCUGCCGUUGUGCUCGCUGAUCGGACCUUACGGCCAAAAGAGCACAAUCGCAACCAUCGGUAUCGAAGCAGAAUGUUACUCCAGAAGUAUCGAACUCGCCAAUACAAUCAUUUUCCAAGGAGCUUCCGAUUUCAUUCACAUCGUCUCGUUGAUCAUGACAGCCAUCAUGUUGAUUCACGUUAGAUCAAAGUUCACAGCCGUCGGCAGGAAAGAAAUUACAACGUUCUUCUACCUCUUCAUGGGUCUUACUGCUGUUUCGUUAUGUCUUGACGCCGGAGUUAUCCCCGUCGGUUCCCAGGUCUACCUCUACUUUGUCGCUGUACAGUCUGGAAUGAUUUCUGCUCUCUGCUGGUGUUUAAUGAUCAACGGUUUCGUCGGCUUUCAACUCUACGAAGACGGGACAAGGUUAUCGAUCUGGCUACUCAGACUUUCGUCUGUUCUUAUGUUCCUGAUUACUGGCGCUGUGGCUUUGGCGACUUUCAAGGGAUGGGCGGGUCUAGGACCGACAAAGACGAUAGGACUCUUCGUCGUGUUGUACAUUUUGAACGCCGUCUUUUUGGUCAUCUACAUCGCCUCGCAGAUUUUGCUGGUUUUGAAUACCCUCCAGGAUCGUUGGCCUUUGGGUGAUAUCCUUUUCGGAAUCCUCUUCUUCGUUGUCGGACAAGUCUUGCUCUAUGCUCUCAGUGAUAAGAUCUGCAAUUCUGUGAAUCAUUAUCUUGACGGUGUUUUCUUUGCUACUAUUUGCAACUUGUUGGGUGUUAUGAUGGUGUACAAGUAUUGGGAUUCUAUCACCAAGGAAGACUUGGAAUUCUCGGUCGCCAGUCAAAACUUCGAAGUCAAGGAGCCUCUCAUGGACGAAGCCAAGUUCCACAGCACCUACGAACCUGAAUUCCACCCACCAGGAACAAGAUCAAGCGCUUAUCAGUACUAUUAA